AUGUCAAACCCGGGGGAGGCCCUGCGUUUACCCCUGGCGCAACGAUCGGGAGAUCCGAUCUCAUCGCCAGAGUCGGUCCGUACAGAUCCAAACGACUUUGCGACACCGCUCUCGCCCAAGUCUAGUCAGAUUAUCAAGGAAGAGGAACUGGAAGAUUGUAGUGCAGAGUUCUUCGUGAAGAGGCUCCGACAACUUUCGUGGACAGCAGCAUCUGGUGAUCCAACCAGCAAACAGACUAGAGAGUCUACCGGCACAAAUGCCGAGAGCUACACAUAUUCUCGGCUGAAGUUCGAUUUUCUACAAUCUGAAGUCUCAUUUCGACUCCCGCCCCGACCGUAUGCAUUCCACCUACUCCAGGCCUUUGAUGAAGGCUUCAGUGAAUAUCACUGGUUCCUCCGCAAGAGGUUCCGGGAAAGGAUCCUCUUGACCUACUCGGAUCCGCAGUCGCAAUCUCACGAUCGCAACUGGUUGUGCAGGGUCUCAGUCGUCUUGGCCCUCGCUGAGAGCUGGAAUCGAUCUCGAAUGUCCUCAGCUGUCCACAUGGAAAUCGCGGGGAAGCAUCCGACCAGUCCACCGCAAAAAGGAGCUGCUGUUCCCUUGACUUUGCCUCCACAUUCUCAGUCAACGUCGCAAACACUGCCGCCACCUCCCGGGUCCGAAUUCUUCGAACAAGGGUUGAUGCUUCUCAAGAUGUCUGCGGAAGAGCCUGUGCCAGAAGAUGUGGAGGCACUUUGCCUGAUUGCGUUUUACUGCUACUCACUCAACCGACGUAAAACGGCUUACUCGUACGCCAGCCAAAGUGUUGCGCUGGCCAAGCUCUUGCAUCUUCACAAGCCACAUCCUCUGCCCAAGGCCCUAGAUCAGCAACGCCAAGUGCGCGUUAUGAACGAGCACAGGAAGAGGCUCUGGUGGACAUCCUACUGCAUGGAUAGAAUGAUAUCAACCGAGCUCGGCGUCGCUGCCGCCGUGGCUUGUGUGCCAGAAGGCAUGCAACUCCCGUCAUCGGCCGGACUAGACGCUGAAGACAUCGAGGAGUUUUCUGAUCCGGGGCUUCUGACCAUGCAAACCCAGCUCUGCGAGAUCAAGCGCAAUGUUGUAAGAACGGCGGCUCAACACGUUGAUGUUGAUGACGAACGUCGACUGGAGAUUCUUAAGCCAUGUCUCGAUACUUUGCAGGAGUGGAGAUCAAGUCUGCCGCAACAAGUAGCUUUCACGUUCGAGGAGAGCCUGCCUACGAGAUUGAUGGAAGCAUCUCACGGUAGAAUCCUUGCAUCCACCUACAUGCGAUAUCACCAGUGCUUCAUCUUAUUGUUGAGGCCACUCUACCUUCAAAAGCUUUCCUCAAUCGUUCAAAAGCGGCGAUUGAACAACCCGCCGAGUUUCACCGGGUCCGACACACCAUUAGACAACGAUGAUCCGAUGAGAGCUGUCAAGAUACAGUGUCUUCAAGCCGCACAAAACAAUUGCAAGAUCCUCCUCGGGCUCUGGAAUUACGAUAAGAUUGCGAAAUUCGGAUACUGGGAAUCUCUACACUUAUUCUCCGGUCUUGCAAUCCUCGCACUCGCCCGAGUCUCCAUCGAGGAAGGUAAAGAUUUCAACCCAAACAGCGAAGACGAUGUAGCACUCUACACUCGGACACGAGCACUGCUCAGAGAAAUGGCUCGCGUCGGCAACCCUGCGGCCAAGGAUCACGAUGUCUUGCUCUCAGAUGUUGAGGCAAUGGUGAAGAGAAUCUCAAGAGAGGAAAAGACAACACCGCGGCAAUCUAGUGUCGAGGAGGCUGAUGGCAAUGUGGAAAUGGAGACUGAUCUGAGUUUCUCGGAUUUCAUGUUUUCGGACGGAGGCGCGGAUCAACAGAUAUGGAGUGAUAAGGACUGGGAGAGUAUUCUGAGCACAUAUACACAAGGAAUUUGA